AUGGCGUCCGCGGGCCGGCCGUUGGCGCGCUCCAUGGCCGCCGCCGCCGCCUCCGCCUCCGCCUCUUCCUCCGCCGCCGCCUCCUCGUCCGCCAAGAAGCUGCUCAUCAAGCACGUGACGGUGAUCGGCGGCGGCCUCAUGGGCGCGGGCAUCGCGCAGGUCGCCGCCUCGACAGGUCACACAGUGGUGCUGGUGGAUCAGUCGGAAGACAUCCUCAAGAAGUCCCACAAAGGAAUCGAGGACAGUCUUAGGAGAGUGGCCAAGAAGAAAUUCACCGACAAGCCUCAGGAUGGUGAGGAUUUUGUGGCCAAGACUCUCGGCAACAUCACGAUGACCACAGACGCGGUGACCGUGACGCACAGCACCGACCUGGUGAUCGAGGCCAUCGUGGAGAACCUGAAGGUGAAAAACGAACUCUUCAAGACUCUGGACAAGUUUGCGGCAGAACAUACAAUCUUUGCCAGCAACACGUCUUCCCUGCAGAUCACGAGCAUAGCCAAUGCCACCACGAGACAAGACCGGUUUGGAGGUCUCCAUUUCUUUAACCCAGUGCCCAUGAUGAAACUUGUGGAGGUGAUCAAGACACCGAUGACCAGCCAGAGAACGUUUGAAUCUCUCGUAGACUUCAGCAAAGCUCUGGGCAAGAAUCCAGUCACUUGCAAGGACACCCCUGGAUUUAUCGUAAACCGUCUCCUUGUGCCGUAUCUUGUGGAAGCGAUCAGGCUGUUUGAAAGAGGGGAUGCGUCCAAGGAAGACAUCGACCUGGCCAUGAAGCUGGGGGCCGGCUACCCCAUGGGCCCCUUCGAGCUCCUUGACUACGUCGGCCUGGACACCACCAAGUUCAUCUUGGACGGCUGGCAUCAGAUGGAUUCAGCAAACCCUCUGUUUCAGCCUAGCCCAGCCAUGAACAAGCUGGUAGCCGAGAAGAAGCUCGGAAAGAAGACGGGAGAAGGAUUUUACAAGUAUAAAUGAUCUCCGCCUUAUCCCAAAUGCAGAAAAGCAUCCUUGUGGCCGUGGCCCCUGGAGCUUGCUGUGGGUCGGGUGGAUCUCACCACCCCCCACCCAGCCAAGUCUGUUUCUGGGCCCUUUGAUUGUGAUCUCUCUGAAAUAACUGUUUGCACUAGCUACAGGAAUAACAUUUCUCUCUGGAGAACAGAUGGUUUUUAGUCUAUUCAUUUCUGGGUAUUUCCCUAAAGCAUCACACACACUCAGUGCCUUGGAGUGGAUGAUUCUCCGGAAUCUUGUACCAAUCUUGUGAAUGUUCAGUUGAUGGAGACAGGAGGAAUGCUUCUGAAAACAGCCAGUGCCGCUAUUAUUCUGUAAUUCGUGGUCUUCAUUGGCCUUGCUUUCCUGACUCUACCCCCCCUUCCUCAGGCAACGCUAGUGUUUUCACACGAGAUGGCAGUCCGUGCUCUGCCAUCUAAAGAACACUGUUUUAGCAAUAUUUAAACCAAUCGGUUUGCGCUUAUAAGAAUAUAGCUAACUGUCUCUAUUCAGCCUUUCUCUUAGAAAACUAAGGGAUUUGUCUCGUUGACUGGUGCAAUUUUUCCAUUGAUUUCAGAUAUUGUAAGAAAUUCUGCUUUCUAAAUCACAUCUGCCUUUUUUAUCAUUAUCUUAGGAAGGUAGCCGUCAGCUUCGUAAAUAUGGGAUCUUUUGAUCUGCCACGGUCCGGGUCUUAACCAACCAAGUGUAAAAUCUAAUGAGGUGAAGUGAUAUUGCAGUGAGUAUUGUUUUUUGGAGUCGCUUACUGACCUUAAUCUCAGAGGUGGGGAGUGGGAGGAGAGAGGGCGUCCACAGACCUCCACGCGGUCACCACGGCCGUGGAGCUGGAGCAGUGAGACGUGCGUGAAGAAACGUCAGAGCGUUUCUGAAGCAUCUGCCGUUUCCUGUGCCUGAGCUGUGCAAAAGGAAAGGAGGACAGUGUAGCACAAGUUCCAUUUCAGCUACCGUCUCGAGCAAGCGGCUUCAGAGAUCGUGAUGACAGAAUGAAAUCCAGGGUGAUGAGGCUGGAAGGAAAAAAAAUAAAACCCCAAGGGGAUUAGGCACUUGGUCGAAUAACGCCAGUAAAAAGGUGGGAGAAGGGGGGAAGUUAUUUUUACACACUGAUUAACUGUAAGGGGUUGGAGGGAGUCUUUCAUAAAAAAGCCACCAAUAUAGUGAGACCAUUUCCCCCGCCAGCCUCAGCACCUGGGGUAAGGAAAAGUUUUAAGGUUAGGAGCCCAACAUAGGAAGCUCCCAUCUGUCCACCUCCUUGUCCAUGAAUAAAGGUUAACCAUAUGGUCAAACAA